GGCCCCGCCCCUGGCAGGGCCCUCUUCGCCUCCCGCCAGCCGUGGCUCUGGCUUUGCACCCGGCAGCGACUGAGAACUGUGGCGGCAGCAGCAGCGCAGGCGGGCGAAGCGGAGCUGUCCGGCCCGGUGGCGGGCGAUGCCCCCGUGAGUCUCUGUCGCUGCCCGUCCCCGCCCCGCGUCCCUACCCCUUCGGAGUCCGCGCCCGCCAGGAGCCGGGCCGCGCCUACCGCCGGGUCCGCGGGGCGGGGUCCCGGGGCAGCACCUGCCUCGCCUUGCGGAGCCACUCCGCCAGCAGAGCCCCGCUCCCGGCGUGGACCCCGGCCCCACCUCGGGACCCUGUCAUCAUAUUUCCUCCUCCUGGAAGCCUGCCCUGAUUGCCUUUAUCUCCUUUCCUGAAAAUUGGUAUCUCUGUGGAAGUAAGGCACCGUGCAGAUGCUCUAGGGCUGUGCUGUGGAGAGGGCACGGCCCCCUGUGAUGCGGAACACUACACUCAGACUCAUCAGCUCGAACUGCCUGAAGGCCUGCCGCCCCGAGGACCAUGUUUAACGGGGAGCCUGGUCCAGCCUCAGCUGGGGCCUCUAGGAACGUGGUACGGAGCUCCAGCAUCAGCGGCGAGAUCUGUGGAUCCCAGCAAGCUGGGGGUGGGGCCGGGACCUCCACGGCCAAGAAACGACGCAGCAGCCUGGGUGCCAAGAUGGUGGCUAUCGUCGGCCUGACCCAGUGGAGCAAAAGCACACUGCAGCUCCCCCAGCCUGAAGGGGCCACUAAGAAGCUGCGCAGUAACAUCCGCCGGAGCACGGAGACUGGCAUUGCAGUGGAGAUGCGGAGCCGGGUCACGCGCCAGGGCAGCCGGGAGUCUACCGAUGGGAGUACCAACAGCAACAGCUCCGAGAGCACGUUUAUUUUCCCCACACGGCUUGGAGCUGAAAGCCAGUUCAGUGAUUUUCUGGAUGGCCUGGGACCAGCCCAGAUUGUGGGGCGACAAACAUUGGCCACACCCCCCAUGGGAGAUGUGCACAUUGCCAUCAUGGACCGGAGUGGCCAGCUGGAGGUGGAAGUGAUUGAAGCUCGGGGCCUGACCCCCAAACCAGGCUCCAAAUCCCUCCCAGCCACCUAUAUCAAGGCUUACCUGCUGGAGAACGGGGCAUGUGUAGCCAAGAAAAAAACGAAGGUGGCCAAGAAGACUUGUGAUCCCUUGUACCAGCAGGCUCUGCUCUUUGACGAGGGGCCCCAAGGCAAGGUUCUGCAGGUGAUCGUCUGGGGAGACUAUGGCCGUAUGGACCACAAGUGCUUCAUGGGCAUGGCCCAGAUCAUGCUGGACGAGUUGGACCUAAGUGCCGCUGUCACGGGCUGGUACAAACUCUUCCCCACAUCCUCUGUGGCUGACUCCACACUCGGAUCCCUUACCAGGCGCCUGUCCCAGUCCUCUUUGGAGAGUGCCACCAGCCCCUCCCCCUCAUGCUCCUAAGGACCUCACUGAGGACAAGAGGCCAGGGGCUGGUGGGGGAAAGGAGCCUGCUGGUCACACCGCCCCCCGCCCCUGUACAUAGUUUCCACGUCUUUCUGGACCCCUCACCCUGCUGCAUGCCUGUUGGCCGCUGGGCUUGUCCCAGCUGGCAGUGGAGACUGUAGUGUGUGUCUGUGUGUGUGUGUGUGUGUGACCACAUUUAUAUUUGUCCAUUUGUCUGGGUACAGUCAGUCCUGGUGACCACAUGGACUGCAGUCCACACCUCUGUAUCUUGCUGGAAAGAAUCCAAAGGGACAUCAUGUGGACACAUCUUAUCCCUGGAGUCUCCAGGGGUGGAAGUACGGGAUGUGGCCACUGGUGCCCUUGCUUAGUCCCAGCCUGGUUCUUGUCUUCUGGUCUCCACUUGGUUUCCCGUCCUGUCUUUUGUCUCCUUGCCUCUCCCAGCAUUGCUGCUCUUUUUUGAGGAAUGUAGCAUCCAUUGCAGCUGACCAUACCUGGUGCCCUCUAGGAAUCCAGUCUCUUCUCCCGACCCCGGCCGUGCUGGUCAUCAUCCCAUUGAAUGCACUCCACAAGCAUGUGGCAUGCUCACUCAUUGCCCAGCCCCCAGGAAGACAGGAUAUCUGGGGAGGAUGGGCCUUGAGAAUGUUUCUCCCUGGAGCUGGUACCUUCUUACAGGCCAAGCACAGGAGAGCUGAGUUCCAGGGUGCUGGCCAGACACACUAAAGAACGUGCUGUGGCCUGUCCUCCCCUCUGCUGGAAUGCACUCCAGCAUGCCAAAGGAGCUCCCCCAGUGGGCCCAGGGGGGUUCCUAUCAAAUCAGAUGGCCUUCUCAGGCAUCAAGGAUGGACCUGACCCCUUUUGGACUUAUCCUUGAGGGAGCAUGGCUUGGUAAGAGGUGUCAUGGGUAGGGCUGCUUGCUGAAGUCAGGAGGGCUAAGGCUGAAAAUGGUUUUGAGCCACUGUCAAGAACCCUGUCUGGCCUGGGGAUUAGCUGCAUGAAGCAUUCUUCCAGAGUUCUGCUUUCUUUGCUCAUCUCUAGACACCAGUCCCCAGCUGGGGUUCUGACACCCCAGGGCCCCAGCCUCCUAGCUCCAUGAGCAGCCUGGCUCUGCACUGGAGAGUGCCUCUGUCACCAGCUCUGUACCAGCAAUACUUACCCCUCACCUCCCUGCCUUUCUUGAGUGGCCCUUGCUCCUCUGCACAGUGGCCUGCACUAGGCGCCCCAGCUGCCUCCGCUUUACUCCCCCAUUCCCUUGUCCGGUUGGGGCUCCUCCCAACCACUGAAAACCCUGUUGGAGGGACUAGUGCCUGGACUUGAGCCUGAGAUGGCUGUUAAUACUAAAGGCUAGCUCUGGAACGCCGUGCACGUUCCUCUCCUCUUUAGCUAUAGGGUGGAAUUGGAGGCUGUCUGGGAGAUGGCAAAGCCGCCCGGGUCCAUGUCCAGUAGGAGGGAGGAGGGGUGGGGGGGAGAGGAGGGGAAGGCUCUCUUUCUGCCUCUCUUCUAGCCCAUCUCCAAGUGUGGCCAUGCCUCUAGCCCAAGUACCUAGGCAGGGAGAGCUACCAGGGUAACUGUGAAAAAUCCUUGGCCUGUGUGUGAAUUCUAUUUGUACCGAAGCUGGGGUACAUAAAGCCAUCCCAGCCCAAAAGACCUCCCUGUAGUCAGAGUCCUGCACCCUCCUUGCAAAGAAAGAUAGUGAAGAAGCCCCCACACAAACUGAGGGUGAGGCGGAAGACAGUGAACAGGACUGAGGAUGUCUGUGCAGGCAGGUGAGUGGGGUAGUGGCCAGUGACAUUCUCUUGCCAGCCUUGCUGGCUGGGAUUGUAUGUAUCUCCCAGGUCACUAGACACGAGGCAAAGUGCUCUGGCCUCUGAGCCUUAACGGGUAGCGGGCAAGGAGGAAACUGGCUUGCAAAGGGCUUUUUUCAUCUUGCUUGUGGUGUGUGUACCUGUAAAGCAGUUAUUCUCUGGGUGGUGUGAAAGCCAUCUGGAGUGGAGGAGGCUCAGUAACCCACUGACAGCAUAGACCUUUGCUGAGGUAGCACUGAGUCACCUCCAGAAGUGGGAACUGCCAGCAGAGGGGCUUCCGGCCUUGGAGUUUCUCAUUUAGGCGGCUUAGCAAGGGGAUGAUGAUGUGCUGGGAGCUUAUGCUGACCUGCCUGCCUACAGUCGGUGGCUGUAAACUGCCUAGGAGAUGACUUGGCUGUCCCACCCCUCUCAUGGAAGGUAACCCUCUCCCCUCAGUUGAUCUUGAAUUCACUCUUUUUAACACUAAAGAAGUAACCCCACCUCGAUUCUUGCCCACACAUGUGGGUUGUGUAAGGCUAGUACGUACAUGUGACAGCGGGGCUGGAUUUAAAGGUCUGUUUCUCAGCACCCUGGCUGCAGGGCUCCACUGGGAUGCCAUUUUAGAGAUAGCCCUGUCUCAGAAGAGGAGCGUGACUUGCCUGGGCUAGGAGCGAUCUACCCUUUGAGGAAAGGACAAUGGGUCAAGAAGUAACUGGGUCCUUGUGACUUCCCUUCCCAGCGGGCCACCUCACAUGACCCCUUGCCCCAGGUGGUCACAGGAGUGGAACUCAGUUGUCCCAUCUCCUCUAGGCAGGCCAGAUUCAUCAGCACUGUGGCUGAGACGGGUUAACUGUGCAGCCAGCGCUGCUGGGCUGUGGGCAGUGGUAAAUGACUCAGAGCAUGUGGCUCUGUAUUUCUGCCCUGCUCAGCCUGUCCCACUUUUUAACAGAUUCCUUCCCUACAAGGAAGUCAGAGAUGGGACUCUGUGAUGGGCAACAUUCUCUAGGAAAUGGGCCAAGUCUUGGUUUGACAAGAGGAUAUUUGGUCCUUUGGGGAAGAAUCCAUUCCAAAGGCUCUCAUCCAGUCUCUCCUCCCACCCAGCUCUACUGAGGAUCAUCUAUUCAGCAGGUCCUGGGCCGUGCCAGCAUGCCAUUGGGUAGAGGGAAGACCAAGGAAAGCUCUGGGGAGGCAGGGGUGGUGGUGCCUGGUGGUCCUGCACUGGGGUCAAGCUAACUCUCCCAGGGGCUUGACCCCCACCAAGGAAGCAUGCCAGCUCUUCCUUUACUGCCAGCCUGGGGGAGACCAGCAGCCUCUGUUUUGUUUUGUUUUUUAAAGACAAUUGAGCCCUCCCAGGGCAUUUCUUUGGAAAUGAAAUGUAGCACAAUCCUCAACUGUG